AUGGUCCGCGUUCGCAUGCCAUUCGGUGGCUCACCGACUCUUAUCCGGGAUCAAGACUUUAAUCGCCCAUUGACCGAAUCCUACGAUCCAUUUUUGUCGCAUGGGCAGACAUCCGCCUUCCCUCCUAGUGUUUACACGCCUCAAUAUGCCCCAUAUGAAGUUGAUGUCAGAACUGAGAGCCAAACAUUUAUCAAUGAUGUUCCUACGCGACACGAUUCCUCUGUGUCAACAUUCAGCGCGAUGGGUCCGCCGCAACUUCACGCAACUCUACCAACUUUCCAUGGAGAUGAAUGGUUGCAGGAAGACUGCUUCAACCAGACUGCACCAUAUGGUAUCCUCGAUCCGAUUCUGGCCCAGCAAAGCAGUGGGUCCCCAUCAGUCUAUCUCCAAACCACAACCAUUCCGGUUGAGGAACAUGAUCGGCCUUUGCUGGAUCACUUUGUGGAAAAUGUCCUGCGAAUGAUUUUUCCCAUUCUCGAGGUCCAUCAACGUGGGGUUGCUCGUGCAAAAGCAAUUUUGAGCUCUCUAGAGACAAACAUGUCCUACCUCCACUGUUGUCUAAGUGUAUCUGCGAUUCACCUCAAAUCAAGCAUUGGUCUCAGUGCCGAGCAAAUUGAUCCUGAUAUUAUGCGACAUCGAUACGAGGCAAUUUCACAACUUUGUCAAGCUCUCAACCGCGACACCGAGCAUCAACAAAUUCUAGAUGCCACAUUGGCCAUGAUAUUCUUUCAUUGCUCGGUUGGAGCACCAGACGACUGUCUGCCUGACAUCCCAUGGAGCGAUCAUUUCCAGGCAGUGUCCAACCUGGUGAACAGGCUCGAGCUGUCGAACUCGGCAGUUCCAACCACAACACCUCAAGUAGUCAACCCCUUCAGUAUGGCUUUGACGUCAUGGAUUGACAUCUUCGGAGCAACAAUGCUAGGGAAAACCCCGCAGUUUGCUCACACAUACCGUGACAAGCACCUUAAGGGUGCUUCUUCUGGCCUGCAAGGGUUGAUGGGCUGUGACGAUCGAAUCAUGUAUUUGAUCUCUGAAAUUGCCUGCCUCGAUUCCUUGAAGGCUGAGGGUCGCCUUGACGAGUUGGCCGUCUGCCAUCACGUAUCUGCCCUCGGCACACAGCUCGAAUAUACCGAGCCUGCCAAAGCAGUUCUUGAGCAGCCCUACUCAUGCACCGGUACUAUUCGACCUGACCAGUUGACCAAAAACAUGAGUGCCAUUUUCCGAAUUGCAGCUCGCAUUUAUCUGUGUAGUCUGGUUCCAGGAUUUGACCGCAGCCAACCCAGCGUUGUAAAUCUGGUUUCUGCUAUGACAGAUGCUUUGCACUAUAUUCCAGCUGGUCCUUAUGGUUUUGAUCGAUCCCUGGUUUGGCCCUUGCUGAUAGCUGGGUCAUUUUCAACCCCAGACAGUGCAUUCCGUGUUGUUCUGGCUGAGAGAGCUGCCGCACUGGGUGAAAUCGGCGAUUUUGGCAGCUUUAGUCGAAUGUUCCGGGUGGUUCAGGAAGUAUGGAGGCUUUCAGACGACUCAAUUACUCCAGUCUCGCUCGAUUUAGAGAAAAGCCAGACUCAAGUUUCGGCAAUGAAACGUGAAGAGUCACCAUUGUCUGACGCAACAACCUCCGGUUUGCGAUCUAUCAGGCAACAGAGCGUGCACUGGCGCGAUAUAAUGCAUCGCAACGGCUGGAGAUACUUAUUGAUAUAA